AUGCAGGCAAACGAGGAGGAGGAACCUGAGAUUCACGAACUGUUUGAAACAUGGGAGAGCCAGGUCAACGUCUACUUCACCCUGACGCGCCCAACCAAGACCCUGCGUCAGGCACGACAUCGUGGCGAAGAGUGCAGGGCCGACAGGACGGGCAACUGCUGCAUGGGCAGGACCUGCCUGUGCUACCAGCAGCGCGCCGAAUGCGGCGGUGACUGCCCCUGCAAGUGCAGAGCACUCGCGCACGGCAUUUGCCAAAAUCAACAGAUGCGCAGGGCAGGCAGCGUGCAGUGCUAUGUGGUUCGCGACCACAGCAAGCGGCACAACCGGUUCCUCGUCGACCAGCCGGUCAAGAGUGGCCAGUUUAUCAUCGAAAUGACCGGCAUCUUCAUGGAAACAGAGCGCCUCAAGCAGGGGUGUCGCCCUUCGGCCCGCGUGGUCGAGGUGUUCGUAGACUGCGACCUGCAUCUCGGAGUGUUUGCCAGGCGGGACCUGCGGACUGGCGAGGAGGUGACGAUUCCGUUCGACCGGGAUCCUUCGCCGGAACACAUCAUUCGGUGUCCGCAGCUGAUCCCAAACGCGUGCCUCUUCAAGUAG